AUCCGCGGUCACACUGAUCAGCUGUUUUCGCGGAUAAGAAAUAGGGAAAUUCGCAUUUUUCCAGAAAUUUUCCCAAAAUGGGCGACUCAAACAAAGGAGACAAUCUGCGCCUGCCGAACGGCGAUGCCCUGACCGGCGACGAAGUCAAGUCACCGUUUCUGAUUGGCGUGGCUGGCGGCACCGCCAGUGGCAAGAGUACAGUAUGCAAGAAGAUCAUGGAGCAGCUUGGCCAGGCUGAAAUGGAUCACACACAGCGCCAGGUGGUGUCCAUCAGCCAGGACAGCUUCUACCGUGAGCUGACUGCCGCUGAGAAGGUCAAGGCGCAGAAGGGUCUCUUCAACUUUGACCAUCCGGACGCGUUCAACGAGGAGCUGAUCUACGAUACGCUGCAGGGCAUCCUCAAGGGUCACAAGGUGAAGAUUCCCGGCUAUGACUACCGCACCAAUUCGCUGGACUUUGAGCACAUGCUGGUUAUCUAUCCGGCUGAUGUGGUGCUGUUUGAGGGCAUAUUGGUGUUUUACUUUCCCAAGAUACGCGACCUCUUCCACAUGAAACUGUUUGUGGACACCGACUCGGACACCAGACUGGCGCGACGCGUGCCACGUGACAUCAAUGAGCGUGGCAGGGACCUGGACGCUGUGCUUACCCAGUACAUGACCUUUGUGAAGCCCGCCUUCGAGGAGUUCUGCUCGCCCACGAAAAAGUUUGCUGACGUUAUCAUACCGCGCGGUGCCGACAACACAGUGGCCAUCGAUCUGAUUGUGCAGCACAUACGGGAUUUUCUCAAUAAUCGCUCCCAUCCUGGCUCCACCGGCAACAUGGCGCUCUACAUGAAUCUGGACUUGAAUGCCAGCGGCAUUAUGGGCCCAGCAACCAACCGGUCUGGACCUAACACUUUAUGUUUCUCUGUAAAAGAUACGAACGGCAGCAGCAGCAGCAGCAGCGGCAACGGCACCUACAAUGCCAUCAGGCGAUUCUCCACGCUUUGCAAGGAGCUCAACAUGCAGGGAAAUUUCUUCUUCGACACGAACAAGAACCUGCCGCACCACUGAGAAGAGGCGGGGCAGCAGCAGGACAGCAAAACGGAGCGCAGUACAACACACAGCACAUCUACAUAGGCGAAUGUUAAUGAUCUAAUCAAUGAUAUACAUGUAUAUACAUAUAUAGAAUAUAUUGUAUUUUUCCAAUAAAGCAAAUCCGAUCAGCGUUACAUCGUGCA